AUGUCUGACGCUGGUGAAUCAUCCAAGGCCGUGGAGGUUAAGUCCUCAGACAACACGAGUCCCAGUAACAUUCGCAUCAAGUUUGAUGGACUCCCAAAAUUAAAGGGACAAUCCAACUACCAAACUUGGGCGUCUGCCUGGAGGAUUACAUUCGAUGCAGCAGACUGGUGGGAAGCAUUGAGCAUCGAAAACCCCUCAGAAGAUGACACAGACCUCACCAAGGCCGAAAUCAAAAAGGCCCGAAAACAAAUGCACAGCCUUCUCAUCGGAGCUGUAGCCGAAGACAUACAACCAACAGUCGUCUCCGCCGAAAAUGCAUACCACGCAUGGAAGGCGCUCAAAGACCUCUACGAUCGCGUAUCACCAAACACGACGAUCACCCUCCUCAGCCGUGUUCUAGACACGAAGAUGCAAGACAACGGUAACUUAACCGAGCAUCUCGAGACCUUCAACACGAACUGGAACACUCUCAAAACCAGGUCUCAGAGCGGCGACCACAAACUCGCUCAGGCCCUGCUACCCCUCACCAAAUCCAACGAAGCAAUGGCAGCAUUCCUACUUGCCUCACUGCCGAAGUCGAUGAGCAACGUCGUCGAUAACAUCCAGACCAAACAGGAUGUUACAUACGAAGAUGUACGCCAACGGCUACAAAACCUACAAGAGGAAACCCCUCUCACUGGCAACAACAGGGUACUUCAUACCAGGAGUACCCCAACACCAAACGGCAAGGAAUGCACCUGGUGCAAGAAACGGAAUAACCCGUACCAGGGCCACGAGUACAAGGAGUGUAGAAAGCUCAAAGAACAGAACAAGACAAGGGAUUCAAACAGAAGGAGACCAGGCAGAGAUAACUCAGCGUCGGUAGUUAUCAACGAAUCAUCCACAACAGUAUGCAUGGUACGCACCGAUACUUCACCCUCUCUGCCCCUUACCUGGAUCCUUGAUUCUGGAGCUACUUCUCACGUAACACCUUUCAAAGACCAACUCUUCAACAUCCGUUCUCACACCAGCACAGUCCGAACAGCCGACGGCACCAUCCACGCUGUCACCGGAUUGGGAAGCGCUAGUUUCGAAUGCUACCUUCCCAAUGGAGAUAGAUCCACCGUUGUCCUCACCGACGUGCUGCUGGUCCCAACCAUGGGAAAUGUGGGAUUGGUCUCAGAAACAAUACUCGACGAAAAGGGGUUUAGAACAGAGUCAGGAGGAGGAAACAAAUUGGUCACGAAAGAAAAGAAAGGAAUAAUUUGGGCGAAAUUGGAUAAGGGACUUUGGAAUGUACAAGUAGCCACCCUGCGACACUAG